GAGCUGAUGAGGUCGCCUCCUAGUGGCCAGAGCAAGGAACACGCAACUCUCGGCCCCUAGAUGACCCCAGGGUCGCAGGGGUCAUGGGCACCUCUGAGGCCGCACUGCCGCCGUUCGCGCGCGUCGCCCCCGCGCUCUUCAUCGGGAAUGCGCGAGCCGCGGGUGCGACGGAGCUGCUGGUGCGCGCGGGCAUCACUCUGUGCGUCAAUGUCUCCCGACAGCAGCCCGGGCCGCGCGCACCCGGAGUGGCCGAGCUGCGCGUACCCGUGUUCGACGACCCAGCCGAGGACCUGCUGACACACCUGGAGUCCACCUGCGCCGCCAUGGAGGCCGCGGUGCGCGACGGCGGCUCCUGCCUCGUGUACUGCAAGAAUGGCCGCAGUCGCUCAGCCGCCGUCUGCACCGCCUACCUCAUGCGGCACCGCGGUCACAGCCUGGAUCGCGCCUUCCAGAUGGUGAAGAGCGCCCGCCCGGUAGCCGAGCCCAAUUUGGGUUUCUGGGCUCAGCUGCAGAAGUAUGAACAGACCCUUCUGGCCCAGGCCAUCCUGCCCCGGGAACCCACUGAUACAGAGUAAGCUGCACCGUUCAGCUGCUGGGUGACCAAGCGUCUACACUGAAAGGUGUUCCCUCCCUCCUUUUUCUACUAGCAGCUGGCCUCGGGUGUCGCCCCAUCUUGACGGUAGUACAGAAGUGUCUACUGAAUGGGGGACUUCGUUUAUUCAUCGGGUUUUGGUCAAAUCCGAACUAACACGUUUUAGGUAGAGAAACUGCGUGAAGGAUAGAGUUUGGGAAGCCUAUGGACAGUUGACAGAGUCCUAGCUGCCUGCUCCAAGGGAGUGCCUGGGUUUGGAGGCAGAACCUCUCUGCUUCCCAAACUUCUGGUCCCUUAGACAUGAACAUAGAGUCUCCCAGCAGGAGGAAUUCAUGGGCCCACCAUCUUUGACUUACAGCUGCUAUGCCCUGGAAGGGAGGCAGUGCAGACAGCGACUGAGGCUGUCCACCUGCCACCUCCCGCCUCAUUACUUAACCUGUAUCAACACCAACGCCUGACCUGGCGUUGUCAAGUUACAUAUGCCCUGUGCGCUAUCUUCCCCAGCUGGCAGGCAGGCCCAUCCAUUGCCAUCUUGUGUUGAUUGCUCUUGUAGUUCAGACACGGCCUUGCUUAGACAUCUGUUUCCGUAAGAGCCCUGCAAAUGUAGCCACGACUUAAAGAAGUGGGUGAAGAGCAAAGAACAACCUGGGCUACGUGUACAUUACAGAUGUGUGUCCACUGGUUAAUCCGGUGAAUAAACAAAGUGAAUAAAACCCCCGA